CAGGUGACUCAUAAAUGAAUAUGAUUCUCUUAUAGCCUGCACUAUGUGGAUGAUUCCAGGACAGAACCAAACCAGAGUUUCUGAAUUCGUCUUGCUUGGCUUCUCCAGUGACCCCUCAACCAACAGCAUCCUCUUCAUUGUGUUCCUUCUCAUCUACCUGAGCUCAGUCAUGGGCAAUGGGCUCAUCAUCCUGCUGAUCUGCAUGGACACAAAACUGCACAAUCCCAUGUACUUCUUCCUCUGUAUACUUGCCACUUUGGAUAUGGGCUCUGCCACCACCACCAUGCCCCAGAUGUUGGUGCAUCUUCUUGUUCACUCUAAAACCAUCUCCUUUGCUGGCUGCUGGAUGCAGAUGUAUGUGUUUUGUGCUCUGAGUGCUACCGAGAGCAUCUUCUUUGUUGUCAUGGCUUAUGACAGAUAUGUGGCCAUUUGCUACCCACUGCAUUAUACUGUCAUCCUCAACUGGGGACUGUGCAUACGAUUGGCAGGUGGGUCUUUGGUCUGUGGUUUCCUUGCUGCUUUGUUACAUACGUUCUUUACCAUGCGUCUGCCAUAUUGUGGACCCAACAAGGUCAACCAUUAUUUCUGUGAAGGCCCUUCAGUGCGUAGCCUGUCUUGCAUGGAUACCCACAUCAUUGAGAUGGUGGACCAGGUCUUGAGUGUUUGUAUGGUUCUUACUCCACUUUCCCUCAUUGUGACCUCCUACAUUCAUAUUGUCAAGGCAGUUCUCAAGAUCAAGUCCAGCCAAGCCCGCUGCAAGGCUUUCUCUACCUGUGCCUCCCACCUGACUGUAGUCACAUUAUUCUAUGUUCCAGCCACUUACAUCUACAUAAGACCCAACUCCAGCUACUCCCCUGAGCGAGACAAGCAGAUAUCACUCUUUUACAAUGUCUUCACUGCCUUGCUCAACCCCAUGGUCUACAGUAUGAGAAACAAAGACAUCAAGAGGGCAUUCCUCAAGGUGAUGACACAUGGUAGGGUGGACUAG